CUUAUGAACCAACACAGAUUAUGGGAUCUGUUUGUAACCUCCGGUGAAUAUCUUCAUUAAAUCUGUUCUUAUGGGAAUCAACAGCAGGAUGAAGGAGACUUUCACAAUCAUUAAUUUAUUUCUUGUGUGUGCAGGUGUGUUUGGUGAUGAAGUGAAGUCAGUGUUGGUGAUGGAGGGAGAUUCUGUUACUCUACACACUAAUAUUACUGAAAUACAGACAGGUGAUCUGGUCUGGUGGAUGUUUAUAGAAGGCGAUUCUAAAAGUCUUUUAGCUGAAAUUGGUAAACAUAAGAUCUGGUAUACACCUGAGAGAUUCAAAGAAAAACUGUUGAUAUCGGACACUAAAACUGGAGAUCUCACCAUCAAGAACAUGAAGAUCAAAUAUUCUGGACUCUAUGAAGUAGAGAUCAACAUCGACACUGAAACAUCAUACAAGAGAUUUGAUAUUACUGUCAUUGAAUCUCCUCGUUUUAUUAAUACUGAAAUGAGUGUUGUGAAGUCAGUGUCAGUGACUGAGGGUAAAUCUGUUACUCUACAAACUGAUGUUAAACUACAGACAGAUGAUCUGAUACUGUGGAGGUUUGGAGAUGAAAGCAUUCUCAUAGCUAAAGGUGAUAUAGAGGAUAAUAAGACUUCAGUAUAUGAUGAUGAUGAUGAGAGAUUCAGAGACAGACUGAAGAUGAAUGAUCAAACUGGAGAUCUCACCAUCACUAAGAGCAAAACUAAGCACACUGGAGUUUAUCAGUUAAAGAUCAGCAGCAACAAACAAACCUUAUAUAAGACAUUCAGUGUUACUGUCAGCGAAUCAGGUCUGUCGUCAGCUGUUAUUAUUGGAUUAUGUGUUUUCUUCCUCCUGGUUGGUGCUGGUGUUAUUGGUUUGAUUUUGUAUCGCCGCAGGAUCUCUAAACUUGAAUAUGAAGUGAAGUUAAUGUCAGUAGUGGAAGGAGAAUCUGUCACUUUACACACUUAUAUUGAACUACAGAAAGAUGCUGUGGUGGAGUGGAUGUAUGGAAAUGAUAAAAUCAUAGCCAAAAUCAAGGACAAACAGAGCACUACAGAUGAUGAAGUUCUUGAGGGGAAAUUCAAAGACAGACUGAAACUGGACCGUGAGACUGGAUCUCUCACCAUCACUGAAUUCAAAGUUGAACACAUUGGACUUUAUGAAGUAAAGAUUACCAGCAGUAAAGGAACACCAAACUCUAAAUUCAAGUCUAAAUUCAACUCUAAAUUCAAUGUUUAUCUCAAAGCGAGGGUCAGAACAGGAAAGAUGGGGAAAUCUGUCACUUUAGACACUGGUGUUACUGAAAUCCAGAGAGAUGAUGAGAUACUGUGGACCUUUGAAGAUAUGACAAUAGCUGAAUACACUGGAGGCACUGAUAAACCUACAUUAUAUAAGAUUGAUGAGAGAUUUAAAGACAAACUGGAGAUGAACCAUCAGACCGGAGAUCUCACCAUCAGACACUUCAAAUCUGAACACACUGGAGUUUAUAAAGUUCAGAUCAAGAACAGCAACGGGACCAAAAAUAGAACAUUUUAUGUUGCUUUCUAUGUGGAAGCUAUGAAGGGAGGAUCUGUUACUCUAUAUACUAAAUUUAAAAUAAAGGAAGGUGAUGAGGUGGAGUGGACUUCAGACGAUAAAACAUCUCUUGUAACUGGAAUGAAUGGAGAUGACAGCAAGACUUCAUAUACAGACGAUGAGAGAUUCAGAAGCAGACUGACGAUGAACCCUGAGACUGGAGAUCUCACCAUCAGAGAUAUCAGACAGACAGAUGCAGUUUAUACACUAAAACUGAUCAACACUGAUAAAAAAAUCACAUACAGAAUAUUUAAUGUAUCUGCCAAAGUUCAGGGAAACUUUCUGAAGCAGCAGAACUUGGAGAUGAUCAGAACAGUAAAGUUGGGGGAAUCUGUCACUUUAGACACUUGUGUUGCUAAAAUCCAGAGAGAUGAUGAGAUAAUGUGGAUGUUUAGAGAUAUGCGUAUAGCUCGAUACAUUGGAGACACUGAUGAAUCUACACUAUAUGAUUAUAUUGAUGAGAGAUUUAAAGACAAACUGAAGGUAAACCAUCAGACCGGAGAUCUCACCAUCAGAAACUUCAGAACUGACCACACUGGAGUUUAUAAAGUAAAGAUCAAGAACAGCAGCGGGACCAAAGAUAGAAGAUUUUGUGUUGCUCUCUAUGUGCAAGAUACGAAGGGAGCAUCUAUUACUCUAUUUACUAAAUUGAAAAUAAACAAUGGUGAUGAGGUAGAAUGGACUUCAAAAGAUAAAACCACUCUUGUAACUGGAAUGAACGGAGACGACAGCAAGACUUCAUAUAAAGAUGAUGUGAGAUUCAGAGGCAGACUGAAGAUGAAACCUGGGACUGGAGAUCUCAUCAUCACAGAUCUCAGACAGACAGAUGAAGGAGUUUAUACACUGCAGGUGACCAACACUGAUGGAAAAAUCACAUACAGAAUAUUUUAUGUUGAUGUAUUUGCCAAAGCUCAGAACCAGCAGAUCUCAGUGCAAGCUAUGAAGGGAAGAUCUGUUACUCUAUGUACUAAAGUUAAUAUACAACACGCGGAUGCUGUGGAGUGGACCUCAGAAGAUAAAACCUCUCUUGUAACUGGAAUGAAUGGAGAUGGCAGAAAGACUACAUAUACAGAUGAUGAGAGAUUCAGAGGCAGACUGAAGAUGAACGCUCAGACUGGAGAUCUCACCAUCACAGAUAUCAGACAGACAGAUGAUGGAGAUUAUAAACUACAGCUGACCAACAGUGAUGGAAAAAUCACAUACAGAAUAUUUAAUGUUGAAGUCACUGGUCUUGGAAACAUUCAGAACCAGCAAAACUCAGAUUCAGCAGGUGUCAGAGAUGAAUCAGUGGCGGUUAUGAUGCCUUUACUGAACAAAGAUAAUAGAUCCUCAUCAUUACCAAUGUUACAUCAAGAACAUCUACAGUAACAAAUCUGUUUUACUGCUUUCUGUUAAAACAAGAAAUUAACCCUCUGUGUGCUGUUAAGCUCACGUUAUUGAAGCUUUAUUAAAAUUUUAUAUUAAACAGAGAUACAAACUUACAUUUAUUUGCACAUUAAUGUGUUCGGACAUUAAAGACACAAGAGGUGUGAGUUUUCAGUUAAUGUAUUAUGGGGGUCUUCAGGUGUGCAGUUGUACAGAGACUUUGUUGAAAUAUUUUGUGCUUUAUUAUUCACCACACAUUCACAUCUGGAGAGAUGACAGGACUGCAAACAGACAAAUUCAGUACAUGAAACAUCAGUUUUUAUACAAGAAUUAUCCUCAGUUUUUUACUAUUUUUUAUUAUUUGCUGACUGUUGUA